AUGCUGCAGUCUUCGCUGAGCAGCUGGCUAAAAAAGCCUACGACUACCGGACAGAAUGAGCAGCCUACAAAGCCACCUCCCAUAGCCAAAGCUGUCCCCAAUCGACCGCCGCCUCCUCCAAAGUCCGCCUCCGCCCCUACUCGCGUUGCCUCUGCUCCUACCGCUGUGCCUGCAGCCAUGGACAACUGGAAUGACAUCCCAGACAACUUCCUACAAGCCCCAUCGAGACCCAGAUCGAAGAAGAGCCCCCGUUCUUCACGGGCUGUCACGCCUUCUUCUGGCACCUCAAGAGUGCCCUCGCCCGUCGCCCUCCCAGUCCAGCAGCCGUCCCUGCCACAGCUGUUCGCCCUUCACCCCCUGCCUGCGAACGUCCAACUCGUACCCCUCACCGAAGAGCUGAUGCCCGCCUUCAAGCGCCUGAUUGCUCUCACGCUGCCCAUACCCUACCCCGAGAGCUUCUUCAAGGAGACCAUGACCGAGCCACACCAUAGCAUCACCCUCGUGGCACUAUGGCACUCCUCUCCUACCUCGAACGACUCCGUCAACCCUUCGCCCGAAAAGCCACACCUCGUCGGGGCCCUAUACAUAUCCACAAUCGGUAUCCUUGCGCCAUACCGCUCGCACGGCAUUGCUAUGCACCUCCUACAAGCCGUUGUCAAGCAGGCGGUGGAACUGCAUAGCGUGAGAUGCGUGACGGCGCAUGUAUGGGAGACGAACGAAGAGGGGUUGGAAUGGUACAAAAAGCGCAACUUCGAGACGCUAGGCAAAGAGGAGGGUUAUUAUAGAAAGCUAAGGCCACAGGGCGCAUUCCUGACUACCACCCAUUCCACCCCGAAAUCCACGGUCAGCCCGACGAAGACUAGCGGCGGGGAGACAGGACCAAGCAGCACCGCAUGCCCUGUGCCGCUGUAUUAUCAGUGUGGAGGCUACUAUGACGGCAAGCCAUGGACGGGGUGCAAGAAGUGCGUAAAGGGAGCGAAGUGUGUGGUACAGAACGAGUUGUACAAGCAGUGCGUUGCGGACGAGGAUUGA